AUGGAGUGGCAAACGAAUUGUCUCGAGUGCGAUGAAGUGCUCGAUGAUGAUGACCUUGUAACCACACAAGAGUCCGAGACGGACGACGUGCUCAGUCUCCUCGUCUCUGACGUGCCCUGGACGGCUGAACUUUCGUUUGAGGAACAAAAUCUAGUGGCAUUAAAAGACCGAGAUGUGAAUCGAGUGUACCGUACAAUGUUACGUCAAGAACUUGUUGGACGACCAGACUUUUCCAAGCAAUAUGAAUAUCUCAAAUAUCGUCGUGUACUUGUGGACUGGAUGGUUGAAGUGGGGGAGACGCAUUUACGUAUGCGAAAGGAGCACGUGCACGCUGCUGUGGGGUAUUUAGAAAAGAUGCUGGUUUGUGACGGACCAUUGCCUCGUAAAGAUCGGUUCCAGCUGGUGGCACUCAGCUGUCUACGAAUGGCACUCAAGUAUCUAGGCACUGACGAGGAACUACCACCCAUGGUCGAGUUCUGGGAGAUGGGAAACCGAAUGUAUUCUUUCCACGAGAUCAACAACGCCGAGGCAGACAUUUUCCAAAAGUUGGGCUGGAGACUUACGGGGGUGACACCGCUGCACUUCCUGCAAUAUUAUAUGGACCAGACUGUACUGUUUGCCGACGAUCAAGUGCUGGGAUCCGAGCUCGUGGAUGAAGCACAUGGAUAUUACUGCAAGUAUGCCGAGUUCUUCGUGGAUCUUGUGUUGCAGGAGUAUGCGUUACAGGUGUAUCGACCAUCAGUCGUAGCUUCGGCCAUCCUGGUGGCAUCCCGCAAGGCACUGGGCGUCACUCCACUUUGGAGGGACGAAUUGUCGGUGCUCACUGGCUACGAUGAGAAGCAGGUGACGCCGUGCUUUCAAGCAGUCUGGGAACACUUUGAAGCGGCCUUUGGUCCUUGGAACAAGAAGUACGAGCGGGAUGACUCCCCUUCCAGCGUGGCUGACUUCUGA